AUGACCCAGGAUGAAUCUGAAUCUGUUGUAGAACUCAUAGAUGGUUUUCUUGGAAACAACAAGUCUCCAGACUAUAAAGAAAUUGUAGCUAACAUGGUCGAAAAUUAUAAAAAACUGGGAUGCAAUAUGGGCGUCAAACUUCAUUUUUUGGAUUAUCACGUUGACUAUUUUCCCGAAAAUCUUGGAGCAGUCAGCGUGGAGCUGGAAAAAAGGUUCUAUCAAGAUAUAAAGGAGAUGUAA